CAUAUAGAGCCUUUGCGGCUCCCAAAGGUGCAACACUGUGAAAUCACUGUCAUUCGAUUUCUGCCAUCGUCCAGUUUAAGUUUUAGUUUUUCGGAAGCUCAAAAUAUGUCGUCGAUGGACGAUUCGUGGGUGUUGGACUCGUUGGUAUGCUUUUUGCACGGACCCGUCUGGAAUGCGCCACUGCAAACGUUUAUAGAGGAAAAAUCAUUGGUUUUCGAUCCCAAUAUUCAGAUCGAUGAGGAAAACGCGGACAUUGUGGCGAUACACAAUGAGUAUAAAAAUCUGGUGGACUACAUGUUGGGUAGUUACAUGGAGGAAAUGCAAAUAUCGCCGGAGCAAUUUGAGACAGCGUGCUUGGAAGGCCGAAACCCGGACAACAACUUGCAUUUCCAUCAAGGACUCUUUCAGCAGAUUUGGGCCGCGAAUGAUAUAAAGAUGUUCAUACGCAUGAUGACGCAGCGGAAUGUAGAGUUACAGUUGCAGGCCUUGGAUCUCAUAGAGAAAAAUCAAUUAGAGCUGCUGCAGGAGAGCGAACUGCUGGAUAAUGCUAGCCCCACAGAAAGUAAUAGUGGACAUGGUGAGAAACACGAAGAGGUUGAAGAACUAAUAGCAAAGUCAGUUGAAAAGGAACUCGAGAGCCCCGAGGCGGCUGUAACUCCGGAAUCGGAAAAUGUGGAUGAUAGUGUGAGCGAUAAAUUUGAGCGUCUCAAUUUAUUCUUCGUUAACCAAAAGGUCAAUCCGGAAGAUGUUAUGUCACGCCAGGAGUAUCUACGUCAGCAGCGCGAUAAAAUUGUUGAAAUCAAAAAGAAAACACGCGCUAAGCAGUUAUUGGAGACCGUGUCACGCAGCAGUGCCGCCGAGCCUACGCCCACUGGGCGUCCAUCGUCGGCACAAGUAGCACAGAGAUUGAUGGAGAACGGUGGAAAAACUAAUGAGUUGCUGGAUAAAGCAACGGCUGGUGAAGGAGCCGACGAGUCUCAAAACUCCGCACUACAGUUACGUAAGACAUUGGCCAAACGCUUACGUGCCGAAGUAGUAGAGCAGCAGUAGGUGUAAAAUUGAAAAAGAAAAACAUUUGAUACGAAUAUUGUAAA